CGCAUCCCAAUUACGCCAAGACGGACUCCGACAUCAUGCGAAGAUGAAGGGGACGUUUUGUGGAGCGGGGACAGGAAGAGGGAGAGAGAAAAAACCCAAAGGGGGAGACUGUGCCCCCCCCCCCAGCUUCGGAGAACCCGCGGCGCGCAGACCACAUCCUGUUCCUCACCAACGGCCCGAGGAGACCAACCGAGCUGAUGCUGUCCAUGCCUCUUCAACCAGUUCCCAGGCUUUAAGGAGGUUCGCCUUGUCCCCGGCCGCCAUGACAUCGCGUUUGUGGAGUUCGACACCGAGGUUCAGUCGGGGGCAGCUCGUGACGCGCUGCAGGGAUUCAAGAUCACGCAGA